AUGGAAGAAUAUGAUGGUGAUAUAUCUGGUAAUGGAAAUUGGUCAUGUGGUCAAAUUUUUACUAUUGAUUUUCUUGAACAACUUCAUGAAAAACCCGUUGAUGAACCAUCAAAUCCAUUACCUGAACCAAGUGGUGGUGGUCAAUAUUCAUUGUUAGGUCGUCCAUGGGAACUUGCCAUUAAUGAUAUAAUUAUUCAAAACCGCGUUAGAGGUAAUGAUUAUGGAAGAAAAUUCUUUUUCUUAUCUCCAACAGAAGCACAACGGCAUCGAGAUAUUGGAAUAUGGAGAGGUGGAGUUAAUUUAGAAGCAUUAAAAGGUGGAGAAGAACAAUCUUACGGUUGGCAUUAUUGGUUUCGUGCAAAUGCACCAAUAGAAUGGACUAAUCGUACAGUAUUUAUUAAUUCAUCAUCAUGGACUGGAACAUGUCAUGGUUUAGCUAAAAUGCCUUAUUUACGUGAAUCACGUCGUUCAAUUGUUAUUGGAAAUUUUCUUAUGAAUAUUUCAACAAUAAAUGGAAAUGCAUCAGAUUUACAUGGAUCUAUAUUUCAUGAUCGAAUGUGUCUUGGUGCUUAUGAUGUUGAUAUUCAUCGAAUGAAAUUAUGUAAUUAUCCUUCAUAUAUUCGACAAAAUUAUUCUAUUCUUCCUUAUUAUAUUCCAUUACGUGCAAUGACUAAUCGAGAUAUUGAUAAUUUAAUUGUUAUUGGUAAAACAAUGGCACAAACGUUUCUUGUUAAUGCAGCAACUCGUUUACAUCCUAUUGAAUUUUCUAAUGGUCAAGCAGGUGGUGUUGCUGCAGCUUAUGCAAUUUUAAAUAAUCUAAAUAGAGUUGAUCAACUAUUAGAAGAACAACAUCUUACACGAUUACAAACAUUAGUGAAAACAUUUACACCAUUAUCAUGGACAAUUAAUGGAAGCAAUGGACGUUUAGAAAGACCAUUACCUCCAGUAUUAGUUCAUUCGAAUCAUUAUUCAAUUGAACUUCAAUGGGAAAAUGUACGAAUUCAAGAUAAUAAUCGAUCUGAACAUCGAAGAUUAUUUGAUGAAUCAGGCGCACCACGUCCAGGCUCUCUAAUCUAUUUACAUCGACGAGAGAAAAAAUCCGGUUCAAUUUGGGAAAGUAUUUAUAGUGGAUCAGCAAUGUCAUAUAAAGUUGAAAAUCUUAAACCAAAUACUCAAUAUGAAUUUCGAAUACAAUGUAAAUCAAGUGUUAAUGGUGGUGAACGUUCAGAUUGGUCACCGAUAUUACAAGCAGGAACAACACCGGAACCAAUGACAGGUGAUACAGUUUACAAAGCAAUUGCAAUGCCUGGAAAAGAUCAUUUAGAAAAAUUACUUGAAGUCUUAGGUCCAGAACAUUAUUUACUAGAACAUCCCGAUAAAGAUGGAAAUUUGCCUUUAAUGCAUGCAUGUCUUAAACUUGAUCUUGGAAAAGUUGAAUCAUUAAUUACAGCUGGUGCAAAAGUUAAUAAUACCAUUGCAUCUCGUAAAACAGCACUUAUGGUAGCAGCUAGUGCAGGUUUUAGUAAAGCAUGUACAUUGCUUAUUGAAAAUGGUGCAAAUGUUUAUAGUAGAGAUCAAAAUGAUAUUUCUAUUUUACAUCAUGCUAUUGACAGUAAAAAUUUCGAAACUGUUUCUACUAUUGUUCGACAAUUCAAUCAAGAUAAAGACAUUGAAAUGAAUAGAGAAGUUGGUAUACAUAAAUGGACACCAUUAUAUCGAGCUAUCGUACAUGAUUGUAAUAAAGAAAUAAUUGAACUUCUACUUAAUCAUGGUGCAAAUGCUCAGUGUGAAGAUAAAACAACGAAUACAACAGCAUUACAAAUGGCUAUUAUUCGUGGUAAUUUAAUUACAACACAAUUAUUAGUUGCACAUGGAGCGGAUACUCGAUCACUAAGCAAAACUGCUGGAAAAUCACUUCAACAACUUGCUUUAUCUACACACAAAACGGAUUUAAUCAAUUAUGUCAAUUCAUUAUUAAAUCUACCAAAAAGUUAA